UUGACUGACUGCUUUUCAAAAAAAUAGGUCAUCAGAUAAUUAUGUUCAUUGACUAAACAUUCACUUGCAAUAUUUAGAUGCUGCUUUUACAAAUCCCAUGUCUGGUCAGUUAAGACAGCCUUAAGUGAUAAGCUACACAUAAAACGUUACUGACUCAGGUCUGUGACAUCUUGGAGGGUAGCAGAUAGACUUUCUGGGUUUUUGUUUAUUUGUUUUUUUUUUGUUAAACAUUUUAAACACUUCAUCUAAUUGUGUGGUAAAGGUAAGUAUAUUUUUCUUUUUGUUGAAAAAUGUCUUGGCCAAAUUGCUAUAAUGGUAUGGAGAUUUUUUUUUUUUAGUUCUUCUUUAAGUGUUCUGUUUUUGUGUAAAGACAUGAGUGUGAAGCAGUUUGAAAAGCAGUGAUCAAUUUGCAACUCAACUUUCUCCACAAGGAAUGAGCACUGCUGAUGUGGACUACAUAAUUCAUUUGUAAGAAGUAACCUAAAUACUUAGGGCAUAUCAGAUUUCUUUUCCCUUCAGGCAGCAUUUGUAGAAAGUGAAAAUUGUACACCAUUAAUUGGAACUCAAUGGCAAUGUGAUUAACAUGAAUAAAAAUCUGUUAAUCUAAACUUUUUUGUAUGGCAUAUUUCUUUUGUGCCGUAGUUCAAUGUGGUCAGUCUGGUGGGUUUACACUGUAGCCUAAGGUAAUACCUGGACAUUGGGUUGUCUUGGUUUUCAUUGCACUGGUCUUUGAUCUACCUAUUCUGCACACACAACAUGAAGAUAAUCAUAGACCUGUUUAAAACCUCUUAACAGGUAAGUCGUAGCCUUUUGCAAAAUAGGUUAUGGUUCAAAUCUGUGAUUGUGUGUGUGUAGUUCUGUGUGAUUCUUUUAUGGAUGGUUGGAACUUGUUUUCAAAUUAAAUUUGAAAAUAUGUUCUAGUCUGAGUGAGCGAGUAUAAUUUUGCAGUGUUACAAGAGCAGUGAAUUAUUUUGAGCUCUAGGUGGCACUUGGCAUGAACUUUGGUUAUGAACCAAAAAGUCAAAAUUCCCUUUUUACAUCCUUUUCCAAACUCUCCUUAUCCAAUUACAAUUAAGCAGGCUGUCUUUGAUAGUGUCUGUACUGUACUGCAUUUAAGCAGCAGUCUAGGCAGAAACGCUCCUUAUAACUAAAGCGUGAAUGGGAGGGGCUAAACUGCAGUGGGCUGCUUAAGUGAAUGUAGGUGAAUGUUUUUGUUGCAUCACAAAAGCAAUUCAGAACAGGAUUUUUUCUUAAACCCUCAGAAUAUAGUACACCAAAAGAAAGCUGCUGUCAGCACAAGGUUCUACUCUGGUUCUACUAUUUUGAGAUACAAGGUUUUGUUACGACAACAGUUUGUGUUUUGUGAUUUGGGCCCUUCAGUUUGUGGUUUAUGAGUUGGGUGAAUGACUGGGAAUAAAUGUGUGUUGCUGUGGGUAAACCUUAAGGUUAGCUUUUCCCAAAAACUGUCAUGUAGUCUACUUGCACUGCACAAAAUUGUGUUUUUCUGCUCGAGCUCAAGAUGACUGAUGUGUCUUGGAUGCAAGGACUGCAGAGAAGGUGGAGUACAGGACUUGACGGGCGGGGAUAAGACGCUUGGGCCACAAGUUUUUGGCCGUUUUGAUGCUUGAUGUUUUGGAAAGGAUCCAUUUUAUUGCUGAAAAUGCCUAAAAGAGACCACACCCACUUACGAAAUUUAUAUUCAUGACUUUGAGUAGAAAUGUGUCCGUAUGUGGGCAGUAACACCAAGCCAGCCUGUUGUAGAGAACUUAAGGCGGUUCACAUGUUUACUCUGACCACAGCGCCACCACAACCGGCAGGGCUUUGGUUUCUUGGUUAAAGUGUGUUGGAGUAGAGCAAAAUGUAUGACCCUGGUGGUUAAUCGGCUGAGAAUGCCUGUGUGCAAAAAACAUUGUCAUUUUGAUGCCUGGUUUUUGGAAAGGGUAGAGUUUUACUUUAGGAAACGAGGACGUUAAAACACUCCAACCAUGUCUUGCGUCGUGUAUUCUACUGUUUAAUCAUGUUUGAAGUGCGCUUUUAUUGGAGCGCGCAGCAGAGUGGUGUAAAGGUCCAUGCUGGAGUCCCGCCUCUGCGCGCAGCGUCCUAAAGCGCAGCACCACAGUCUGGAGACGCGCACCAAAGUCCGGCCAGCUUCAGCUCCAGCUCCAGCCAGAGCCAUGAUCUCCGAGAAAGGAUGACCUCCAGGUGUAAACCCGCUUUCAAUCCUAACACUUCGACCGAAGCCAUGUGGGAGUCGAACGUCUCCAAAGCGGUGCACGAGGGCAGAGCCAACAGCAGCGCCGGCUGUGGAUCAGUGUCCGUCGCCUUCCCCAUAACCAUGAUGCUGACGGGGAUGGUGGGCAAUUCCCUCGCCAUCAUACUGGUUUAUAGCUCGUACAGGAAAAAGGAAAACAAAAGGAAGCAGUCGUUCCUGCUCUGCGUCGGCUCUUUGGCGCUGACCGAUCUUUUUGGGCAGUUGCUGACCAGUCCCAUAGUCAUCUCCGUGUACAGAGCGGAGCUGCAGUGGGAGCGAGUGGACCCGUCGCGAACUUUGUGCGCCUUCUUCGGGGUCUGCAUGACCACUUUCGGCCUCUGCUCGCUCUUCAUGGCCAGCGCGAUGGCGAUCGAAAGGGCCUUGGCCAUCACGGCUCCUCACUGGUACGCAAACAACAUGAAAACGAACGUGACCAAGCAAGUGCUCGUCACCGUCUGGUGCCUGGUCCUGAUUUUCGCCCUGCUGCCCAUCGCCGGUGUGGGAGAGUACACCCUGCAGUGGCCGGGCACCUGGUGCUUCAUCAGCACGGGGGACAGAGAUCUGGGCAACACGUUUUUCGCCACUACGUUCGCCGCCUUGGGCACGUUUUCGCUGCUCGUCACUUUCUUCUGCAACGUGGUCACCAUCCGCGCGCUGGUUGCGCGGUGCAAAGCCAAACCUAGCGCGUCGCAGUCCUCCAAGCAGUGGGAGAGACUGACCACGGAGACGGUCAUUCAGCUGCUGGGGAUCAUGUGCGUCCUGCUCAUCUGCUGGUCCCCUUUACUGAUACUAAUGUUGAAGAUGAUCUCCACCCAUAUGUCUUCUGAUCAAUGCAAGCAAUCGUCUGCUUCUCCCUUGUCCAGUCAGGACUUACAGAUGGACUGUAACUUCUUUCUGACAGCCAUACGUCUGGCCUCUCUCAAUCAAAUUCUGGACCCUUGGGUUUACCUUCUCCUGAGGGAGAUCCUGCUGAGGAAAUUCUGCCAGGUGGCAAAUGCAGUGUCCAACUGCUCACUGGAAGGACAGAAGGAGACUAAGAAAGAGACGCAGAAGGAGACCAUCUUGGAUACUACAAAGAAGCAGGCCAUUGAGAAUGAUGAGUUUCAGAAACUGUCUCCUCUCAAUCCUAGUGGAAGUGCACAGGCGUGACUUAAGUUAUUUAUAUAUUGCUGUGUAAACAUAUGUUUUAAAAGGGCAGUGGGAUCUGUAUGACUAAUCUCAUUCUGAGAGACUCUAACUUUUGUGACUUGCACUUGGCUCUGGUUGGUGGAACUUGUGAAUGCUGAGUGAGCCCAGCAUGCUAGCAUGUGAACACUUGACUCUUUUUAGCAACUAGAACUGACCUGGCAUUUGAAGCAGGAUUGCUAAAUUACCAUCCUGUGAAGUAAAACACUGCAGUGAGGAGAACUUAACAGCCAAAAUACCCUGAAUAGCAAUAUCAGAGAAGAAUGGAUUUCUGAGUUUCAAAGGACAUUCGUAAGGCUUUUCAUUAAAUAGGAUGGAAAUUUCAAUUCAUUUUAAUAAUUGUUAAUGUGGCUACAGCAUUGGCCUUUUGUGUGCCAACAAAAGUGAAUGAGUAAAUUAAGAUCUUAUUAAUAUAAUAUCCUCAUUUACAGUCGUGUUUGAGCUUCUUUGCAGCAAAGCACUGGAUGGUCUCAAAAUAUUUUUACACGCUGUUAUGACAAGAAUAAAGGUGCAGAGGCUAUGAUGAUGAGUUUAUAUCAAACGUCCUGCUUGAAGUACAUCAUGUGAUGUUCCUCCACACAGUCCAACACUGUGCCAGGCCUAAAAAGUUCUGUUAAUGCAUGAUAAGCUUGAGUGACACUUGGCAUGUUUUCAUGCUUGCAUGCACUGCUUGUAUUCAUUCCUUCAUUUCUGGUUUCUAAAUGGAGUAAACCAUCACCUGUAGUCCUCACUACUACUCAUCUAAGUAGUAGUGUCACUAAUGUUCUGCUUGCCCUUGAAGCUGGCCCAUGUUCCUCACAACGUGAUGCCAUUAUCUGUCUGCACCACACACUGCAAUGUCAGGGAGCAUUUAUGAGGACCCAUGUGACUCAAGCUAAUAUGAACAUUAGCAUGUGUAGUUUUAACACAUAAUGACCUCCACUGUGCUGAAAGAACCAGUCCUCAAAUAGUAAUCAGUAGUUACUUUCCUCUUAGUAUGUAAACCCAUUUCCACCAAAAAUCCCUGCUUCUCUGUGGUAGCAAUGUGUCAAAAGGUUGACUUGAAAUUUCAAAAUAUUUUAUUUUCCUGAAACACUGACUUAUUAACUUGAAAUAAUUACUUAUUUUCUCAGAAUAAUUCACUACAUAUCUCAAAAUCUAAGUCAUUAUUUUGACGUAGUACAAUACUUUGAGAAAAUGAGCCAUUAUUUUGAGGCACAAAGUCAAUCGUUCUAGAGGCUAAUCAAGAUUUUGUCAUUAAAGUGAGAAAAUUAGUCAUUAUUUUGUGAUACCAAGUCAAUUUUAGAAGUUAGUCAUUAUUUUAAAAUAUUAAGUCAAUAUUUUGAGGACCAAGUCACUAUUUUAAGGUAGUCAUUUAGAAUUUUGACAUACUGCUGCCAGAAACAGAGGAGACAAAAUCAUAGACAAUUUUUUCUUUCUCUACCUGGCAGGAAUGGGGCGGUGUUGCAUUGUACCAAGCAGAAUAUUAGCCUUAUGGAUGAACAGUGCCUUAUUAGUUAUUGCCAACAAGCUAUCAAGACUCCAGCCUUAUUGCAGUUGUCAUUAUAUAGCAUUUAAGAGUUUACUCUGCAGGAGACAUUUACUGUGCCUUUCUGACUACAAUGUUGUGGCAUUAAAGUUGAAAAUUGUAAACAGGAAUGGCAAAGGGAUCAGCGCUUCAUUUGUGUUAGUUUAAUUAUUGUAUCUUACUCAUUAAUGCUGGGAAAUAAUAUUGUUUUUUCAUGUAGAGAUAUCUGGCUCAUUCAUAGCCAAUAUCAGCUGCAAAGUGAAUCAGUAGUGUUCAGCUGAAUUAGAGUUUAGCAAUAUGUAGAACAAUGAUUAACCAGUAUGUAUUGGAAAACAUUGGAAACUAAUUUUGCAAACACUUAGUGAGCCUGAAACGUUUUAAAUACUGUCUGUAUGUGUACCAUGCGUUGUCUGCAUUUGAUCCAAAUGUGCCAUUUAUAAUGAUAAAGUGGAAGGCAGCUUACUCACAGACUCAAGUCUGUAAUAACCCCCUCUAGUACCUCCUACAGUACCAGAUAGCCUAUCUGUUCCCAGCAGCAGCGAGCGACUGUUGUGAGUAGGCGCUAGGCCACAAGAAAAGCACCUUUGCAUUUAUUUGUAACAGUUGCCUUUUUAGUUUUUACAUCAUUUUAAUUUUGUAAAUUGAAGAUAAAGUGCCAGAGAAUGGGCUUAACAUUUAGUAAAAGGGCUUGAAUUUUUAACAUAAAUUUUACUUUUACUAAAACUUACCAUCAGGCUUUUCUUAGUCAUUUGCAUAUGUUUUAAGGAAAUUAAAUGGUUAAAACACACACACACACACACUUGAAACCAUCUUAAUGGACCUCUCAACUCCAGGCUCUAAUUCACUGAUUCCUUUGAGCUAUUAAUAGUGUUUCUACACUGUGGUGAUAACUACAUUGCUUAUUUGUGAGGUAUGGAACAUUCACCAGAACUAACCAGCUCUGUAUCACUGACUCACUCUCUCACGCACAAAGCUGAUUCACCAGUUAUCCCUGUGACCAUUCAGUGCUUUGUUGAGUGUCUGUUUAAAGAUUUUUAGCCAAGCUGCAGCGUUGUGUUUCAAGGUUUCAGUGCUUCUGUUGUCAAAAGUGUUUGAGCUGUUAUGGAAAUACUGCUGGUGUUCUCAGAACAAUGGACUGGCCACCCCAGAGUCCAGACCUCAACAUCAUUGUUACAUCCAUUUGUUUGGAUUACUUGGAUUAUAAGAAGCAGAACUGAAACCAACUUCUAAGACUGAACUUUGGAGGUGUGGAAAAAUAUCAGAUUUGUUUGAAA